ACGAAAAAGUAAACAAAACUUGCAUAUCAUAAAGAAAUGGCAUCUGUUACAGCGGUUACAUUAAAAAUUAAAAUAAAGUACAAAUUUAAUAGUGUCAGAUUCUUGGCUGUUUUGUAAAACAUACAAAAAAAAUAAAAAUAAAAAAAAGCAAAGAUGAGAUGAUCUUUUUCCCAAUCUGUUUCCAACAACCCAUGUUCCUAUCUUCUCAUUUCCUGUUUUCUAAUUCAUUGAGAACCACAUUUCAGAAGCAUCACCAAUCUUUUGUAUUUUUAUUAUUUUAUUUUUCUGAAUUUUGAGACUCACUGGUAAGGAAAGUUGUCAUCUUUGAGUCAAUCAUAUUCCUUUGCCAUCUUUUUCUGUUUCUCUCUCUGUUGUCAGAAAUCCUGGGUAUCUUCUUGUUUUGGAUCUGCAAGUUAUCUGGGUGUGUUCGGAAAUAUUGGAGGGAGAUUGAUUGAAGAACAAAGUUGCUGAUUUCGCAUUCAUGGCCAGCUUUCCUAGAAACUCAAAUACAUAAGAGUUUGGCGUGAUGAAGGUAACUUGAUGUUUCUGCUAGAGUAUGAAAGUUUGUUGUUCAAGUUGUUGAGACACCUAGAAACCUGCGUUGUUCUAUAAAAUCUGAGAUGUUGUUUGGUAGACUGGAAAUCAUGGUCAAAACUCUUGGAGAUGAGAAGUUGUUGCUGUGAUUUAGGAGUUGGGGUUUUCAUGCUUUUCGCGCAUAUUGUGCUUGCUUGAAUGCUGGUUUGUUCUUUGUUUUUCAUUGGGUGGUUGUUGUUUUGAAAUUGGGAGGUUUCCCAUUUUGCUUUCAAAAGAAUAUAGAAGAAAUCUAGAGGAAUUUUGUCGAUGGAGAAGUUUCAAGGUUGGGAAUUCUUUCUUAUGCUCGUUCUGGGUGUUUUCUUUGUGUUUGUGGAAACUGGAGAAGCUCAAACAAGGUCGUUCUUGAUAAACUGUGGUGCAAAUUCCAGUGUUAAUGUGGAUGGUAGGAAAUGGGUCGGUGACUUGGCCCCUGAUAACAAUCUCACUCUCAGUUCCUCUGGCAUUGCUGCUUCCACUGAUACAUUAAGUGGUAAAUCCGACUUUGAUUCACUCUACAAAACUGCUCGGAUUUUCACUGAGGGUUUGAACUACACAUUUCAAGGAAUUCAGGGUGAUUAUUUUGUUAGGCUCCAUUUCUGUCCCUUUUCCUUUGACAAUUACAAUGUCAAUGAAUCUUCAUUUGAUGUUAUGGCAAAUGGUCUAAAGCUGGUGUCCGAAUUCAAUGUCCCUGCUGAGAUUUCACACAAGAAUAUGAACUUCAAUUCUAGUUCUUUUUCUUUGAUUAAAGAGUAUAUUCUACCCGUUUCAUCAAAUGUGCUUGUUAUGGAAUUCAUCCCAGCUAAAGAAUCAUUUGGGUUUGUAAAUGCUCUCGAGAUUGUCCCCGUGAGUGAUGAUCUCUUUGAAGAGUCCGUUGGUGAAGUGGGUGGCGGUAAUGUGAAUCUGAGUUUGGGUGGGCGGGGGAUUGAAACUAUGUAUAGGUUGAAUGUUGGGGGUCCUGAUAUCAAACCCAAUGAGGAUUCAGAUCUUUGGAGAACAUGGGAAGUGGAUUCCAGCUACAUGAUCACAGCGAGUGCGGGGGAGGAGAUUAAGAGCAGUUCUAACAUUACUUACUCGUCCAUGAAUGACUCUAUGGUGGCUCCUCUAAUUGUGUAUGAAACUGCAAGAACUAUGUCCAAUAAUGAAAUCUUGGAUAAAAGGUUCAACAUGUCAUGGAAAUUUGAAGUGCAUCCUGAUUUUGAUUAUUUGGUUCGAUUACAUUUCUGCGAGCUAGUUUAUGAUAAGCCAAACCAGAGGACAUUCAGAAUCUACAUAAACAACAGGACUGCAGCAGAUAACUAUGAUGUUUAUGUGCGAGCAGGAGGGAAGAACAAGGCAUAUCAUAAGGAUUUUGUUGAUGCAGUGUCUUCAAAAUUCGACACGCUUUGGAUUCAAUUGGGUCCUGACACCGCAGCUGGUGCUGCAGCAACUGAUGCUCUCUUGAAUGGUCUGGAGGUAUUCAAGCUGAGUCGAAAUGGAAAUCUUGCCUAUGUAGAUAGAUAUGAUUCAGGUGGGACUUCAUCACACAGUUCAAAAUCUUGGAUUCUUUGGGUAGGCAUUGGAGCAGGUGUGGCUUCUGUUGUUAUUCUUGCCUCUGUAGUUACUUUCAUAUUUUAUUUUUGCAAAAGCCGGAGAAGUAAAUCAAGUGGCACCAAAGAUAAUCCUUCUGGGUGGCGGCCACUAUUCCUUCAUGGAUCCAUUCUAAACAGCACUGCUAAUGCCAAGGGAUCAGGACGGACCCAGAAUCCAUCAACAUGGUCGAUAGCCUCUACUAGAGUUUGCAAGCGGUUUACAUUAUCUGAGAUUCGUGUAGCAACGAAUAAUUUUGAUGAAAGUUUAGUGAUUGGAGUUGGAGGCUUUGGCAAGGUGUACAAAGGGGAGACAGAUGAUGGCACCCUUGCAGCGAUCAAGCGGGCCAACCCACAAUCUGAUCAAGGUCUCUCUGAGUUUGAAACGGAGAUUGAGAUGCUUUCCAAGCUCAGGCAUAGACAUCUCGUCUCCAUGAUUGGGUUCUGUGAAGAACAAAAUGAGAUGAUCUUGGUUUACGAAUAUAUGGCAAAUGGCACUCUUAGAAGUCAUCUCUUUGGGAGUGAUCUCCCACCUUUAAGUUGGAAGCAAAGAUUAGAAGCAUGCAUUGGUGCUGCUAGAGGGCUUCAUUACCUGCAUACCGGAGCAGAGAGGGGAAUAAUCCACAGGGAUGUUAAGACAACUAACAUACUCUUGGAUGAAAAUUUUGUGGCGAAAAUGUCUGAUUUCGGGUUGUCAAAAACUGGCCCUGCUUUGGAUCACACCCAUGUCAGUACUGCAGUAAAAGGAAGCUUUGGAUAUCUAGAUCCUGAAUAUUUCCGAAGACAGCAGUUGACAGAGAAAUCUGAUGUCUACUCUUUCGGUGUUGUGCUGUUUGAAGUUGUCUGUGCUCGAGCUGUUAUAAAUCCAACGUUGCCUAAAGAUCAAAUUAAUCUUGCAGAAUGGGCAAUGAGGUGGCAACGGCAGAGAUCACUAGAAACCAUCAUUGACCCACGUCUCAAAGGAAACUACUCUCCAGAGUCAUUGAAGAAGUUUGGAGAGAUAGCAGAAAAGUGUAUAGCUGAUGAGGGGAAGACGAGGCCAACAAUGGGAGAAGUUCUAUGGCACUUGGAGUACGUCUUGCAGCUUCACGAAGCUUGGAUGCGUGGUAACACAGGGGAAAGUACCUUCUCAAGCAGUCAGGCUUUGGGGGGCAAAGAUGAAAGAGAAGCGGAAGAGAGACACAGACCCAGCAGUAUAGAUGAAGAGACUGGUUUUGAAGAAAGGAUUAUAGCAAGGAGAAUUAGUGAAUUGGAUGCUACGUCUGAAGUUGAGCUAUCACAGCAGACUUACCUUCAUGAACAGUGAGGUCUAGGAAAUGUAUUCUAUGAGAUUUGCCUUACAAAUUCUUUCAAAUUUGUUUAAUCAAAUUUUUAUAUGAACCUUAUUUUUUUUUCUGUUAUAUAAAUUUCUACCUAGAUUUGAAACAUAAUUAUUUCAUUGUAUGAUAGCCUAAUUUGUUUGUUCAAUCGGGGGUUUUCAGUC